UGUGUUUUAUUUUAUGCAUAGUAUAGUGCACGUGAGAUUUAUUUGGAUUAUUUGUUUUAACGUCGGCUUUGUUCUCUUCUCUUCCACACAUAAACACUUCCUACCUUUCUAAAAUCUCCAUCUUAAACUCCCAAAAUGUCCGCAAACAUUGAAAAAAAAAAAAAAAAAAAAAAAAAAAAAAAACAAAAAAAGCCCAAGAACACGCCCAAUCCACACUCCCCCCGCACACCCUCUACAUCGCCCUCUACAUCCGCUCCGACCCCCACCCCAAACAACUUCCACUGGGCAUUCUACCACCACACUCCCGAAACGCACCACGGCGGCGGUACAAAGUACGAAGUCACGAAUCCUGGGUCUAGUGAAGUUGGUGGCUGGAUUGCUUCUCAUGAGCUGGCGAGCGCGAUCUUUCAGGAUGCGUUUCUGUGUGUGUUGAUUCGGAUUGCGGAUGCUCCUGAGGGAAAGGGAGGAGUUUUGGAGGAGAUUAUGAGGGAGAGGGAUGCGGGUUUGAAUGAAUCGAGGGAGUUACGUGUCGGGUUUGGUUGUUGAUUGUACUGAAGAGGUUGGUGAAGGAGGGCAUCGUUCAGUGUGCUUCUGGUCUCGGAUCGGAGAAAGUGGAAGAGGAGUGUAUGGUGAUUGGGAAUAGAUUUGCUGAGGAAGCAGCGAGAAAUGUGCAGCCUAGGCCGGUUGUUAAGUCGAGGGUUUCUUUUGGUGGUGAGGAUUAGAAUGCCGGUAAAGUUGGGAUAUGGCGAGUCCGAGUCGUACAGUAGAUGCAUUUCCUUCCAGGCGUAGACACUUUUAUAGAAUAUUCUCUCGUUGCCAUCUCAUCCUCCUUAAAUAUCUAUCUGCGUAAAGAAUAAUAAAGAAAUUAAAUUAAAAAUGACUUCAAGAGCCCGAAUAGCU